AUGAGCAACGACUCUACAAAUCCCGUCUCCGACGAACAGGUGCUCGCCCUUGCGAAAGCUGCCAUCUCCCAGUCUCGCGACGACAUCAACCAGAGAGCCGUGGCUGACACGGGACCCCCGCGAGAACUGCAACAGCAGCAACCCGGUAUAACGAUCGAUCUUGGUCAUAACGGCAUCACUCACCUCCCAGACGAGGUCAUUGACGUUAUCAGAGCUGAAAUAGAAAGACUUGCCCUCUCCCACAACCUUCUAUCGACACUUCCUCUACGCCUUAUAGAAUGCAAGCGCCUCCGGUAUUUAAAUGUGCGCUAUAAUGCCAUGCGCGAGAUCCCCGAUGCCAUUCUCGGAUUGACAUCGCUCGAGAUUCUUGACGUCAGCAGAAACAAGAUUACGGUCAUACCCCCGCGGAUCGCUAACCUGACUUCCCUGAAAGUUCUCGCUAUCGCAAAGAACAAAAUCGAAAAGCUCCCAGUCUGCCUCGGUGAUAUCAACAGCCUGCAGGUCCUCAAGCUUGAUGGCAAUCCACUAGUAUUUCCUCCACCAGACGUCUGUACGAUCAAGGAUAAUGCACCCUCCCCAGCCAACGAGAAUGAGCGGGAUGUGGUUAUUGCAACCCAAGUGAAGAAAUUCAUGCGGCUUCAUGCGACGAAGGAGAAACAGAGGGUUGAGAUUGAGAAAUUGCGGGUGGAAUCAUCCGGGGAUGAGAGCUGGACCGAGAGUAAUCCUGAGACCCCCCGCCCCUCGAGACGUAUCAAUGGAGGUAGAUUUCCUGUCAAACCUAGUGUUGGGAGUGUUGAAGGCUUUAACGAAAAUCGACCCGACUCUCCAAAUCUCAUGCCGCCUCCGAUACCUACAAGGUCACACUACCGCAUGCCAUCGCAGCAGAGUAACGGUGGAUUUUCUCGAAAACCUGAGCUUACCCCUCUUAUAUUGACGAACGGUACCAAUGAGAGAAAUCGAAGCCAGAGCGAUGGCGCAGGCUCUGCAACCCAUCGACAGAAGCGCAUGGGUAUCUAUACGAAUAAGAAUUCGGAGUUGGGCUCUGUGGACGAACUGAAAAGAACAAGCCAUUUUCGAGGUUUCAGCCAAGGUUUUGUGGUACCUGGUAGUAAUAUGGGCAAUGGUAUAUCAGGUCCGGCCACUGCUAUAGGGUAUGGAGAUAUGGCAACGAUGCGGUCUAUGGCAAAUCGUCCUCUGUCCGAUGUCCAUGAACACAGACGAGGCUCCAGGGCCCCUGACGUCGUCGUGGAAGCCGCCAAAAACUUCCUAUACGCAAUAUCGCAAAUGCACGACACCAUCUCAGUCAUGAUGCGCUCCAUAAAGAGAGCCGAUCGUUCCAAGGAAGGGAUACGACGAAGAGACGACUUCAACCGUCGGUUUUCUACAACUUAUCUGCAUGUGCGUGCUUUGAGCGAACUCUUGCAACGUUUCGACACUCUGGCCGAGGAAGAUGAAGAGGAUGCUCACAACAUAUCUCAACACGUAUACGAUUACACGCUGAAAUGUCUCGACCUCUUCAUGUCAGUCAUGCUUUCGAUCGCGGAAUGUCGAAGUGAUAUCACGCAGCAUGCAGAACCUCGAUUCCUCCGUACGUUUCUCUUCCUCCAACAGAGCAGUUUGAUCGAAAUGAGGAAUGCUUGCCAAAUUCUUGGGGCACAGUUCAGGGAGAUAGCAGUGAUGCCCCGAAGACCCAAUCGUAGUGAUGCCAUGGCCACAAUCCGUGCUCGCCCACAGAAACCUCGAAAAUACCAGGCUUCGCCGCCUCAGAGAGGUGGUCACUACAAUAUGCCGCCACCUGUAGUACUCCACAGUAACGAUAGCAGCCGCACCAACACCUUGACAAGCAUCACUGCAGCGACACCGCGGUCGGGCGAAUCAUUCUCUACUUUAGCCACCAUCACGCGGACGAACACGCUGACUAGCAGCUUCGAUGAAGCUGAAGAAGACGCACAAUUCGAAAGAGUGUAUAGCAAGCUCCGCAACGCAUGUGAUACCUGCCGAAACCACAUACCUCAGAUAUCAAGGCUGUUGAAAGGCAACUUCGAGCUUUUGCGAAGAGAGCUAGAUUCGGACGAUCCCAAGAUCAAGGUCCUUGCUGGUCUAAUUGAGAAGAGUAAUAUGGUUCAGGAGGCAACGAGUCCGCUAGCACAGGCUCUUUCACAGAUGCAGCUUAAGGACAGGUAUACUAGGAGUCAGCCUGUUCUCUGGCAGCAGUGCAUGAACUUCAUCAAGGCAUGGGGUGAACUUGCAUCAGCCAGCACUGGGGACGGUCGCAAUAUGGGACUCUUGAGCCCUGAAGUAAAACAACUCAUGAAGCCACUGCACAGGACAGUCAAAGAAGCCAGUCUUGCGAUCAACGAUUCGCCCUGGUCACAUCUCACAUCCAACAAUACGGGACUGAUGGGCCCACCAUCUCUGUCGUCUUUCACCUCUCGCACUCAACCCCCCAAGUUCCUCAACAAAAAUCUAAUGGUAGCAAAUGGCGGUUCUACUGUACCUAAUCCGAUCAACACGUCUAUCACCUCUAUCGCGUCGGCGUAUUCCCAACAUUACCCGACGCCCAGCCUCACAGCCAAUUCCACAUCUGGGGGCUUCGCUACUCCAGUUCCUGCAACGCCGUUGAGUGCAGCCCUAGGCGCCGCAGCGCAAGCUACAGUACCCAACACGCCAAAUCAUAUGCCACCACCGCCUACUCAUAACAGUACCAUCAACGUAUUCGAGAGGGCCGACAGAUUAUUGAGCCAGACGGCACGGCGGGCCUGA